CUUUUUCUAUGGUAAUCAUGUCGAGAUCCACUUCCAAAUUUGACACCAAAAAAGUGAAUUCUGAGCUUGUAACUUUAACUUAUGGGGCGUUAGUGGCUCAGAUGGUAAAGGACUUGGAAAAUACAGAUGAUGUUAGUAAACAGUUGGAGCGGUUGGGGUAUAAUAUGGGCAUUAGGUUAAUUGAAGACUUUUUGGCUAAAACAAACACUGGAAGGUGUUUUGAUUUAAAAGAUACAGCAGAUAAAAUACAGACUGCUUUUAAAAUGUACUUGGGUGUACAACCAAAUGUUUCUAAUUGGAGUGCUGCUGGAGAUGAGUUCUCUUUUAUUUUGGACAGUAACCCGUUAACAGAUUUAGUUGAAUUACCAGAUGAUUUAAAAAGUUUAAAAUAUUGUAACCUUAUAUGUGGUGCUAUCAGAGGAGCGUUGGAAAUGGUUCAAUUAGAUGUACAAAGUUGGAUUGUUCAGGAUCAAUUAAAGGGUGAUCAAAAUACAGAAAUAAGAGUUAAAUUCAUUAGAAGAUUAGAAGAUGCAAUGCCGGCUGGAGAAGAAUAAUUGGUAAAUUUUAGUAAUUUGUAUUAGGUAUAAAUUAAGAUCAUUCCCAUAAAAUAUUUUAAAGCUUUAAGGAUUAUAAUAAAUAAGUUAUAACUAUAA